GCGGGCUGACUGGAAGGGGCGGCGGAUGGCGAGUAAACGGCGGCGGGCGGCGGCGCCUGAGGAGAAGCUCCGGCCGAAGAGCCCCGCGAAGCGGAGCGGCCGGCGGAAGGCCCGAGAUAGAGGGAGCCCCCCGGGGAAAACGGAGGAAAUAUGUUCUUAUAAGACUCCAAAGAGACCAUCUAGAGCCUGCCUACCAACAUUCAGUUCUCCUGCUAAUGAAGCUGACAUACAACAAGAGAUCUUCUGGGAUCCUCACUCUCCAAUUGCACAUAAAUUAGGUAGUGGAAGAAAGAAGCAGGCAGCUGGUCGAUCUACAGUUGAAAUUUCAGAAAUUGUUGAUCGGAUUGCGCCUCAGGAGGAAAAACCUUCCUGCCAUGAAGGUUCACUUCUUGGGAUGUGGAUCGGUGACGACGCCAUUCCCUGUACUCCUGGAAUAGCAAAAGGGCGACCUAGAACAAAAGUAAAUAAUGCAAGAGGUCUUCAUCUGAAACACAAAGAGGAGGAGCUUAUGAAACUGGCCAAGGAGUUCGAUAAAAACCUAACAGAGGCCAUCCAGGAGCAAGAUGCCUCCUGCCUUAACGCUGUCCACCUUCCGUCAGAGUCAAAGGUGUCAGUUGAACAUCAAGGCAACACACAGGCGGGAAACCAACAGUUCCUUGGACAACGCCCUCAGAUUGGUGCUGCCUUGCAGUUUGGAGUAGCUAAGGAGAAUGCUGAGACAACUGAGCACUGUGAACGCAGCAGUCAGAAGCCCAUAGAUCUUGAUGCAGAAAUAGCAUUGAAUGCCCUCUUUGAUUGCUCUCCCCAGAAAUGCAGUGGCCGGUUAAGCCCAAAUUCAUCAAUCGGCGACUUUCACGACAGCCAAAAUGCCUUUCUGCCGGAAGAGCUCGUCACAGAGGAGACGGCAGGUAUAUAUGGAUCUGUGGCCAUAGAUGCAGAUCAGAGACAAGGUUCAGUCCCUGCUUCAACCUGUAGAGUACCCAUUCCAGCUGAAAAAACUAAAAUGGUGCUUGAACAAACCAUUCCAAGUACGGUUGCUUCCAAGACAGAACCGGCUGUCUCCAGUAAUGUCGUCAGUGACGAGGACUGGGGUGCCGACUUGCUGUCUGACGAUUCGUUUGUAAUGCAGAUUACCCAGAACCCAGAACUGAUCAGUGUUCCACAAAACGUUUCCCUCGGUGCUUUGCCUGGUGGAAGCUGCAAAACCAAAGAGAGAGCGCCACAUUCUGACAAACCUAACUCUGCUCAUUGUGCCUUUCUGAAACCCUCUAAUGAUGUUUCAGCUUCACUCUCUCUACAAAAGCAAAUCCAUGAGUUUGGGGCGACAAGGGCUGUUUCUCAGCAGAGUGGUUUCCAUUUGAGAAACGAUGCAAUAAGUUCCGUUUCAAAAAGCAGCCAAAACAACAUUUCCGGGUGUAAUUCCGUUCCUGUGAAAGCUGAAACUCAAAGUGUGACGGAAGGGUUUACCCGGCUUAAAAGUGCCAGCAUUCUUGGAAAAAAACCUUCCGUUUCAGUGCGUGCUAAUCUCUCUCAACCACUGGUUGGGAAGUCCAGAAGGAAUAUGCCCACUAUUUCCAGUGAACCCUCUGCCCCUUUUGCUAAAUCAAAGCUUAAUGACCAGAAGGAAUUGGCUUGCCUUCAGGCAGGGCCCGAGAAACUCAUUUCAUCGUUUGGCGACUGGAAUGGGCCCCGAAUCUCGGAUGAAGUUUUAGACUCGUUUUGCGAAUCGGAUGGUCUUUGGGGUGCAGACUGCGAAGACGACGACUUGCUGUAUCGGGUAUGUGAUGAUGUGGAGAGAAAUACUCAGAGCCAAGAUGUUGCAAAAGAGAAUGUGAAAGCUACGUUGAUGGUAGUGAGUGCUGCCAAGUUGGAGACAGAUCCUGGUCUUCCGAUACCUAAGCAAGGACUAGCUCAUCGCCCACAGCCCCAAAAGAGCCACAUGGGCAGGAAAACGUUCUCUUUGAAUGCUCCGCUUACAGCUACAGCAUUACUGAAGAGUGAGAAUUCUGCAGACCCCUGCGUUCAGCGCAGUUGUGCGCCAUUUAAAAAUGUGAGCAUUCCAGGGGAACUGUUUGGGUCGGAUUUGGUGCCUGACAAAAGCUUGGCUUCUGGAAGUGGCUCAGUCCCCCUUGCAAACACAUACCUAAACACUAAUAAUAGCAACCAGUGUCAGAAUGUGACAUGUAAGAUGGGGAAGCUACAGAACAGUAGUAGUAAUCAAGCAUCUAAUGAAAAAUCAAAAUAUAUGUUCAGAAAGACAAGUAGUUCCCAAGCUGUCACUUUGGAUCGUAGUAGUAUCACCACGAGCAGCCUUGGUGGAGCCCCUGCGGCUUUAGGAGAAAGCAAGAAUGGACCAAACAUCCUUUUACACACAGCAGUACAAACUAACCCAAAGCCCACCUUUAAGAGGCACCUCUCGGAUUCUUUUGCAUACUCAGGAACAGAACAGAAAAGUAGGAAGUGUUCUCAGGAAGAAAUUGCAAGGAAAAAGCAAGAAGCUCUUGAACGAAGAAAAUAUAAAAUGCAGGCCUUGCUGAAAAGCACAGCACCCACCUGAGUACAGUCUGUCUGAGUUGGAUCUGGAAUACUCGUUGACAUAAGAAUCCGGAUGAAGACUCGAAAUGGGCCUUAGGGGUUUUGCACUUGCAUCUGUGAUGCUUCCCCGGUGCCUGUCUUGCUGCUUCUGGGAAAUAACAGUAUUGACCUAUUAAGCAAGAAGCUGGUUUUUUUUUUAAGGUUGUUUUUUAUUUGGAAACACUAUUGUUUACAGCUGUGAACGGUAACCCUGUUCUCAGGGAAACGGGUCUAGCAAAUGGCUUUGAAACGACAUAGGAUUUCCGCAGAUGCAAGGGACUUCUGUCCACAGAGCACUGCUCCCCUCCUUCCCCCUUCCAGUGCACCCCAAAAUACCCAUGAAAUAAUGCUGGGAGCAGCGGGGAGGGGUAUUUGAAAAUUUGAAAAUGCUGGGAGCAGCGGGGAGGGGUAUUUGAAAAUUUGCAGUGGGAGAGAGGAAUGAUGAAAAUCUUCCUUUCUGCAAACAUCCUUUGUCGAGUCCAAGGCCUGGUUUCACUGUUUUGUGACUUGGAGUAACAGUGCAGUGGACACCCGACUGCCCCCUAUCAAUGAUAAUACUGUUGUCAGUUUUUAUUUGAGGCUGCAUGAAAGUUCUCAAGAUUUUUUUUGUAAUGGACUAGUAGGUUUGGAAGGUAGCCCAGCUCUUGACCGUUAAGAAGUUGCCUGCCGCAGUUUUGCAACCCAUAUCCUGUGUACUGAUGUGUAUUCUAUCAGAUCUCGAUAAACCUAUUCCAAACUUUGUAACAGGCAGCCCCAAGGCUAGCAUAUCGAACCGCAACCGCCGUUCACAGCUUGGACCCUUUUUUUAAUUUUGGAACAUCAGCAGUGCUGAACAAGGCUUUUGGUUUUGUAAAUGCCAUAGCAGAAUUUCCUAGGGUUUCUCUGUAAGUAAUGUGCAUUUUGUAAAUCAUGAUUAAAAUUGCAGCUUCUUAUACAA